GGUGACAAACGCAACCAUGGUUCUCAGUGCCGAACGCCUCCAAGAGCUCACUGCUGACAGCGAAAGCCUGGGCGCCCAGGACGUGCUGUACGUGGCCACGACUCUCGAGAACAUUGUCUCCGCUGGCGCCAUCGAAGUCGAAACAGCAACGGACAUUGCAUCAACAAUCGACCACGUAUUGAAGGCAGACAGCCAGGCACUUCAGCAGUCUCGUUCUGGCAACUCCACAAACAGAAUCCUCACAGCCGUAGAGGACGCCUCUGCAGCGCUCUCCAAGGUCACUUUUAUCAUCAGCGGCUCUGUGGCGCUGGGUAAGGUGGGUAGCGCAGAAGCUGCUCGAGGCAUCGCCAUUCACCUGCGAGACAAUUCGACGUACAACUUCAGCGACCCGGAAAACCUGACCAGUGGCACAGACGCGGCUUUCAUGCUCUCCGAAGACAAUGCUUCCAUGCCGCGCCUUGCCAUUGGCUUGAUGCAAAGCAGCGCACUGUUCCAGGAGAUGCAUCGAAGUGACAACGAAUCUGAGGUCGAAAUAAACGACGGGAAUGCGGGCUCAGCAUACGAAGUGUGCACCUCCGUACUCCUGGUGAAACACGACUUGGAUGACGGCGCGGCAAAUUCGACCAGCAAGGAUGCCAGAUUCAGCUUCUACUUUCGGCAGACAUGUGACAUCGUUCCCGAUGAAAUUGAAUGCGUAUUCUGGGAUGUGAAUGAAAAUGAGCGACUUGGUUCGUGGUCUGCAGACGGAUGCGAGUACCUCGGAAAUGCGCACGGAUACCACCAGUGCAAUUGCACACACUUGACUAGCUUCGCCGUGAUAUUUAAAUACGACAAAAGCAAGAAUGGAAGAAAUGUGCACGAUGCUAUUCUCAGCUACUUGACCUUAAUCGGAGUACCCGUGUCAGGCUUAGGACUGUUCCUGGUAGUGCUCACAUACAUUUUGUUCAAGAAGUGGCGCAAAGGUGCGGGUCACCAGAUCCUGUUCAACCUAUGCCUGGCGCUUGUCGGAGCCCUGGCCUCGUUCGUGGCGAUGGCCAUGGUUCCCAAGCACAGUGCCAGCCUGGAAUCCUGCACAUGCCUGGGGGCCGCACUCCACUACUUCCUGCUCGUGUCCUUCGCCUGGACCUUCGUCGAGUCCCUGCUGCAGUACCUGCGAUUCGUCCGCGUUCUGGGGACGUACGUGCCCAAUCUCGUGCUCAAGGCAGCCUUCGGAGCCUGGGGUGCUCCAAUGCUGGUCAUACUGUGCGUCCUCAUAGUGAACCCUACGCAGUAUCACAAACGGGAAGACUUCUGCUGGCUGGAAGCUGGGGCCCUGCUCUACAGCUUCCUCUUGCCCGUUGGGCUGAUCCUGGCGGCCAACGUGAUCGUGUUCAGCGUGGUCGUGUUCAACAUCUACUGCCGCCGCCAGAAAGGACUGCGUAGCACUCAGAGCCAGGUGCAGCUGGCCAAGGCGCAGCUCCGCGCCACCAUAUGCAUCGUCUUCCUCCUGGGACUGACAUGGAUUUUCGCAUACCUGAGUCUUAUAGAAGCUGCAUCAAAGGAGUGGGGUCGCCUUUUCGAGUAUCUAUUCGUCAUAACCAGCUCUCUGCAGGGUUUCGUGAUAUUUAUAUUUCACAUAGCUUACGAGAAAACUGCAAGGGAGUUCUGGCUGGGUCACGUUUUGAAUCGUAUAUGGCCUUAUAAGAGGAAAACGAGUUUUCACGACCACGGUUCAUCUAAGGCUACGCUCUCCUCAUCGGCACAAAAGACUACAUCGACAUGACGCAAUUUGGUUUAUUUCAUGCACACGUUGGCUAUUGAUGGGGACGAGCAAACGCAUGCCCUCCGGCGGACGGCCGAGCACGUCAAUACUGCGUCUGCGAUUCCGCAGGUGCACCGUUUUUCGUCUGCGUUGCUGUGGCAACGCCCUCAUUCAUGCUCUCCCCGUGAUCACGGCCAGCCAUACAUCCUCAACAGAGUUCUUGUAGUUUUUAAGGGCAACAGGCUUGGAGAAGCGGCUGUAGCCUGAAGUGUGCUGCAAGUGCUACUGUGCUGUGCCACCUGUGACCGACUGUGAUUAUGUGCCUGUGCUCCCUUCAUUACUUUGCUGUCACGUUACCUCCCCCUCCCCUCUCUCCCCAGCGUAGGGCAGCAAACUGGGUCUUCCCAUCUGGUUAACCUUCCUGCCUUUCCCCUUUGUUCUUUCGCUUUCUCUCCUGCUCCAGCAGCAGCCUUCAUCAUCUUGUGAAACUCACUUCUCAAGUUUUGUAUAUAUACUAUGCUAUGUUACCUAUCUUCAUGGCGAGAUUGGUGAAAUAAAACGCAUGUUUUAUUA